UCUGGCUCAGUCUGUCAACAGUUCAACCGAAUUACAAUAUCCUUCAUAACUCAACAGAAAGUUUGAUCGCUACACUACAGCGAUAAACAAGAAAGUAAAAGUGAAUUAACGAUCAACGUGACCGCGUAGCUUGACUUGUGUCCCCAGUCGACAUACAGGUGAAGCGGUGCGGAGCCGGACUGUUAUUACCUGCAUACAGUAAUUGGUCAGUUAAUCGGUGUUGUGGGACUCAGUUUGUCAGCCAGAACUCAGGAGCAAACUACAGUGAAUUACUGUGAACAAACAAAAAUAGUUGAUAACUCGUAACUCAAUGUUGAUGUCCAACCAGCAUCAAUGCAGCAUGUACUCAUUACGACUGCUGCUUCUGGUGGUUGCAAUCAUGUAUGAUGCGACACUCGUCAUGGGGCAAACGGCUUGCAGUGUAGCGGACCCUGUCUGCCGUUGUACGUACGAUACAAAUAACGAGCUGAGGGUAGAUUGUGAUGGCACUGGGCAAGACUUAUUAGAGGUUCCACCUGGAAUACCGGACGACACAGUUAUCCUGGUUCUAAAUGACCACUCGAUAGAGGCAAUUGGGGCUGAUGAUUUUGCAAACCUUGUUAAUCUGCGAGAGCUCUACCUCGUGAACAACGUCAUCCGCAGUGAACUUAUUCACCGAGAUGCUUUCAAGAAUCUUCAAAACCUUGAAUUAUUGGAUUUGAAUGGUAACCGCAUACGUCUAGAAGCAGCAUACGCAAACCAAUUCAGAUUUUUGCAACAAUUAAAGCACCUUGAUUUGGGAAGUAACAGCAUUGCCACCAUCGAUGCAGCCUUUGUUCAUCUGUUUGAUCAGCUUGACUACCUAUAUUUAAUUUCCAAUUCUCUGGUGUGCGAUUGUGAUCUGUUAUGGUUUAAGAAUUGGUUGAUUAAUAAACAGAUUACAUCCUUUGUGGUAUCUGGUGCUCAAUGUUACACCCCAGAGUCUGUACAACGACAGACUAUCCGUGAAGCUCCCUUCUGCAUACCUGUUCAACGGUGUUAUUUCUGUGAUCAAGCGUCCACCAAUGGAGCGUGUAACUUCGCAACACAGCUAUGUUCCGGGGCAAAUAGUGUUUGUCAGAAUACUGUGCGACUCAAUAAUGGUGAGUUUAGAAUCACCAAGGCGUGUGAGCAACUUGAUGCCUGUUUGCUCAAUGCCCAAGCCAACCAGAAUGAAUGCAACUCUGGUACUGAGAACUCUGUAUGUAACUACUGCUGCCAGGGUAAUUUGUGUAACAGACCAGAGUCAGCCAUCUUAAAUGGGUAUCAGUUUCCGUUUCCCAAUGUCUUAGCGACUACAGGUCCAUCUUCCCAAGACCCAGCCACGCCGUCUCGCACCACGGCUGCCCCGUUAGAGACGUUCUGUCCGGUGGAGAUUACACAAGGCGAAACUGGCUUGUUCAGCUGGCCGAGGACAUCAGCUGGAGAUGCUGCCAUGGUACCCUGUGUUUACGAUGCACAGGCAGGACCGGCGACAAGGAAAUGUGAUCAGAGUCCGGAUCGUCUGGAAGCAGCAUGGCAAGAGCCUGAUACCAGACGGUGUCCCACAGCAUCAAUGAUCCUACAAGAUAUCGCUAAUGUUACUAUAGGAAGCGAGAAUGCCGUGAACGUCUCAGAGGCCCUAGCUGACGUCACGUCUGUCCCGGAUGUUCUCAAGCCAAAUGACGUCACUAACGCAGUAAGCACGUUUGAGAAUCUCGCAAGGGCCCUCAGCGUCUACGCAAAUGAUAAUCAGGAGGUGUUUGGAAACGUUUUAGACUCCAUCGAUAAACUAACCCGCGUCCCAAGCCCACAGCUCCUGGCGAGUCAAACGAAUGACGACUCGGCCUCAAGGCUUGUACGAUCUAUUGACGAGUUCAACCUGGGUGUCCGCUUCUCGUCCGAUCUUCUCGUUGCGGAAACGCCCUCUGUUGAUGUGAUUGUGUUCGACAUCGACGAUCCCAUGGACAAUGGACUGCUAUUCUUUGGAUCGGGACAGCCCAAUGGAAAUGCUCAGCCUCACCUUAUUACCAACUCAUCCGCUAACAACCAAGGGACAGUGCCAAAUGACACCACAACCUCACCGGAUGAAAUUGUCAAAGGUUCACUCUUUAUGCCUAACUCUCUACUAGAGUCUGUUGGGGAUGAACUCAAGCGCUGCCAGUUUGUCAUGUACGAAAAGACAACAUUUUUUGAUAUUAUUCAAGAGUCAAACAGGAAUCGAACCCAGGACAGCCAGCAGGAAAGUGGGGACGAUGGUAUUCAAACUACUGACACCACUACGUCAGGGAUGAACGGGGGUUCCAAUUCCACAAAUAGCAGCGUCGUCAAUGAUUGCAUCUCGACAUCAUGUCGAUUAGAUUACACCACUGUCAUUAAUAGUGUCGUCAUUUCCGGUUCAGUAGGAAAUCUGAAUAUUCAUGACCUGGACGAACCCGUGACUGUGACAUUUAGGAAAUUCAGAACGGAUGCAGAUAAUCCAAGAUGUGUAUUUUGGAAAGAGGAAGGGAAUGAUGGAAGGGGAGGUUGGUCAAAUGAUGGAUGCUACCAAAGUCUCGAUAACUCUGACGAUAAUAACAUUGUCUGCAAAUGUAAUCAUCUAACCAACUUCGCCAUGUUGAUGGAUGUGUACAGUGGCGAACCCAUCCCUGAAGGACACCAACUCGCCCUCUCUAUCAUAUCGUAUGCUGGAUGUUGCAUUUCACUCAUAGGACUGGUGUUAACUCUAAUUACGUACACCUGCUGCGUUCCAAAUUCAAGAUCAAAGACAACCACUGGGAAGAAUAUUCGAGGAGACAAGCGUGCCAAAGUUCUAGUCAACUUCGUCAUCUCACUAAUACUGGUCAACUUGUUCUUCAUCGCCGGAUCCCUCACAGCCGAGUUUAAAGAAGACCUGAUCGACGAGCUGUGUACAGCGAUGGCCAUCUGCCUCCACUUCUCCCUGCUGGCGGCCAUGGCGUGGAUGGCGGUGCAAGCUUUCAACCUGUACAUGGCGCUGGUCAAAGUGUUUGAGGUUUAUUAUUCACACUUUAUACUGAAGAUAAUGCUUGGAGGAUGGGGUAUACCUCUGGUGAUUGUUGGUAUAACAAUCGGAGUAGAUCUUCAGAACUACGGAUCCAACAACGACAUCUGUUGGCUGAGUGGUAUCCCAUUCUACGUAGCCUUUCUUGUUCCUAUUUGCCUCGUUCUCAUCUUCAACACGUUCGUCUUCGUCACGGUCACGUGGAAACUAUGCCAUCUACGCAAGAGCAAAAUCAGCCAAUCGAAUCGCUUUGACCUAGGUGCCCAGUUGAGGGCGUCAGCCAGCAUCACCUUCCUCCUAGGAUUGACUUGGGUCUUAGGGUUCUUUGCCAUAGGGGAGGCUAGUUUAACCUUCAACUAUCUCUUCGCUACGUUCAACUCACUGCAAGGGUUCAGUGUGUUUGUGUUUCAGUGUCUCCUUCAGCCAGAUAUCAGGAAGCGAUGGGUCAUGGUGUGCUGCCCAUCCUGCUCAUCUGAACCCUACGAUUCAAAGUCAGGUGCGUUUUCCACAUCGACGCGUAACCGGACUAACAUGGUUAAGCAAGGUAAUAACAACACAGGGAAAACCAUCAACACAGUCUCAUCCUCCUACACAGAAUUAAAGUUGGCGAAAAACAAAGCGAAAUCACAAGAAAAUCCUACCUAUGGAUACAGUGAAGGUUGAGGCUUCAAUUCAUAAGUGUUGGCAUGAGCAAGAGGAAAUACAGGACACUCAGAAUCAACCUCGUAUCCACAGUUCGUGGAACCUGUCCUUUUGUUUAGUUUUAAAAAUCGUAGAGUAUUUUGUAAUACCAGUUUUGUAAUCCGGAUUGUUGUGUGUUUGAAUUUAGUUCUGCCAUGUGCUAAAUACCAGUUGUACAGUUUAUUAGAAUUAGAAAUAAUUGUUAAUCCUUUAUUCCAUAGUUUGCAUGCAAGUGUUGGCUUAAUCAACUUCUUUUUAUUUAAGUUUAUUAAGUGAACUCCGAACCUUUCGGAUAUUGUUCAUAAUUCACUAAAUUCAUAUCUUAUCUGUAUUAAACAGUUAUACGCAAAAUUUAACUGUCACAAAAUGUUCAAUAAUUAGCCAAUGGUAAAGGUUACGCAGCACUGCAAUGGUAAAGUUAAAUCCAUUGGACACUUUCGGUAAACAGUACUGUCCAAGGCCCACACUUCGUGUAUCACAACUUAUAUAUA